UCACAGUCUCUGUCAGAGCGCGGCGUUGACAGCUACUGGCCACUGAUCAGCCCACUUUGUCUAGGUUUGUGUCUCCGUGCAAGACUGCUGAAAAAGACGCACUCAGACUCUCAUACUUGUUUUAUUUGCAAGCCAAGCUUACGCAGCAGACGACGCGCCCGUCCACGGCAAUAAAGGCACAAGUAGCGAAAAGUGCAUUUCUAAACUCAUCACCGUCUCGCAGCACCCUGCACAAUGUCUGGAGAGGACGCACCUGCCCAGCAGCAAAACGCCGUGGACCAGAAACAGGAGACCAAACCCAACGAAGAGCCCAAAGCCGAGCCACCCAAGACGGAGUCCGCACCCGAAGGCGCCGCGGAGGCAGCGGCCACCCCUGCGGCGACCACCGAGAAGGUCCCCGAGGAGGAGACGUUUACCUACCGCGCUCUGGUGCUCACCGGCUACGGAGGCUAUGAUAAAGUCAAGCUGCAGGUGAAGAAGGGCAAGCCGGCGCUCAAGGCUGGCGAGGUCUUGGUGCGCGUCAAGGCUUGUGGGCUCAACUUCGCGGACUUGAUGGCCAGACAGGGGCUGUACGAUCGGCUGCCAUCUCCGCCGGUUACCCCGGGAAUGGAGUGCUCCGGAGUGGUGGAGGCUGUAGGAGAAGAAGUAACGGACAGAAAAGUUGGUGAUAAGGUGAUGGUGCUGAACCGCUUCGGGCUGUGGCAGGAGGUGGCCACGGUGCCGGCGAGCCACACCUUCCUCAUCCCAGAGGGGAUGAGUUUUGAGGAGGCGGCGGCCCUCCCCGUCAACUACAUCACCGCCUACAUGAUGCUGUUUGACUUUGGCAACCUGCGGCCCAACCAGAGCGUCCUCAUCCAUGCCGCCGCAGGUGGCGUGGGCAUUGCAGCCACUCAGCUGUGCAACACGGUGAAGGAUGUGACUGUGUUCGGCACUGCGUCGGCCAGCAAGCAUGAGACCAUCAGCCAGGGCGGAGUCACGCAUGCCAUCGACUACCGCACCAAGGACUAUGUGGAGGAAGUCCGCAAGAUCAGUCCAAAAGGGCUGGACAUAAUUCUGGACCCUCUUGGAGGAUCAGACACUCACAAGGCCUACAACCUGCUGAAGCCCAUGGGCAAACUUAUUACCUAUGGUGCGGCGAACAUGCUGGCGGGCCAGAAGAAGAAUCUGCUCGCCGUGGCCAAGAACUGGUACCACCAGUUCUCCAUCCACACACUUAGCCUGAUCCAGGGAAACAAGUCGGUGUGCGGCUUCCACCUGGGCUACCUGGACGGGGAGACGGAGCUCAUCAGCCAGGCCAUGAACACCAUUCUGGAUCUCUACAAGCAGGGGAAGGUCAAACCUCGCAUUGACUCCACUUGGCAUCUUGAGCAGGUGGGCGAUGCCAUGAGAAAGAUGCAGGAGAGGAACAACAUCGGCAAAGUGAUCCUCACCACGGAGCCGAUGCCCGAGGAGGAGAAGAAGGAGGAGGCCAAGAAGGAGGACAAGAAGGAGGACAAGAAGAAGGAGGACAAGAAGAAGGAUGACAAGAAGAAGGACGAUGGCAAGAAGGAGGAGAAGAAGGACGACAAGAAGAAGGAGGAGCCCAAGAAGGAGGAGAAGAAGGAGGAAGAGAAGAAGGAGGAAGCCAAGAAGGAGGAGAAGUGAGAGGGAGGGAUGGAUAGUCAAGCAGACCAGCAGGGAGUUUGUGUCCUGGGAGCAGGGUGUGGGGUGGGGGACGGCGAUGUAGAAGGAUGGGGUGGGGGGGACAAGCAAGGAUGGGAAGGAGUUAGAUGGAUAGAUUAAAAAAAUGAUCACACAUUUGUCAGACUUUCACCUCCCCUCUUAAGUCAGUGAUUACUCGGGCCCGCUCCUCCCAUCUUCCCCCUCCUCUCCUGUUUGUCUGAAAACAAAACAAAACAAAAAAAAGCAUAACGCCUUGUAAGCUCCAAACUCCCCCCAGAUUAACAGAAAACACCCUCCAACCCUUGAAAGAUGUUUCCUAUUCCGAAUGACAGCGACAAGAGAUCCAUGGAGGAUUGUGGGUAUGGUCCAGGCCUGGGGCUAAUCACUGUUUCCUUGACAACCGUUAUCCCCGCUCGCACUCCGGCCCCACCCUCGACCCCGUGCCCCUCCGCACCUCAACUCCCACUGUGCUAAAUUGUUCUGCUCUGACUUCCACCUGCCACCUCCACUUCCCCCCUCACUGUGCUGAAUCCCCCCCACCCCCUACCCCACCCCCCUCCCCACACCUCUCACACCGCCACCCCGACCCACCCACGGGCCGGACCCACAGACAGACACAAAGACAGGCAGAUAAACGAGAACCACACCCACCCACACGCUGCUCUCUUGGUGUCCAACGCUUAGUUAUGUCACCGAGGAUGAGUCAGAGAUGCCUACGAUUGGCUGAUGCGCUCCACCUCCCUUUGAGAUUGUUGCAUCACGGUUCUGAUCAAGAUGUUUGACUGCUCAGACAAUAGCGUUAAUGCUACGAGGCCUGACAUCGGUUACCAUUUAUCUUGUCAAAGCCCGGAUAAACCAGUCUCAGUCUGAGCCGAGAUGAAACAACCGAAAAAUGAAUUUGGUUCCCACCAAUUUCCAAGUUAAAAGAGUGGCUGCAGUUUUGCACUUGCUUGAAUAUGAAUUUCCCUCAUAAUGAGCCUUUCUGUGCAGUAUUGAAUGGGGGAGGCAGGAAUCAUUGCUCAGCUUCCUCCUCCUUAGUUACAGAUUUUUCUAGCUGACCAACUGUUGGCAAGAAGUGCCCGGUGCCAAUUAAGAGAGAAUUUGUUUCUGUUCAAACAAGUCACAGACACACACACACACACACACACACACAAACGUACACACUCUGAAUGAUGAAAGAGGCACUGUCGCGCUGAGACAGUGACGCUUCUGAAAUGAGCAAGUUAAGAAGGUGAAUUCCACUUCUUUUUUGUGCAUUCCUCCUCCCAUAUUCCGUAGCUUUCUCCUCCUUUCACAGCGGCCACUCGCCCGUCGAUCACCCCAACCUGAGAGGAGAAUUCGGUUCAAGCUGGCGUCCGUACUUUGCCUCCCCUCCAUUCUCUUUACUCUCCCCCCUCUCUCCCUCUCUCUGUCUCUCUCGCCCUCCUCUUUCCAUUUCCCUCUCUAUGGUCGGCAUAGCAACAGGCGUCAGCCUCGUCAGAGAUGGCACUGUGGUCUGUUUCCCUGACUCCCUCUCCCUGCGUCUCUCUUCUCUGCUCUCCUAACUCUAUAUUUGCCAACAGUCGGUGCUGCCGAUCAUAUUUCAACAGGUGCAAAAAGUGUUAAGAAUUUCUGAUUCUGAAAUGAGGAGGCGAAUCAGUUUUCUUUCUUGUGUUACUGUAGGAAACCUAUUUUUCUGAGAGUCUGCCAUUUAAAAUCUAAUAUUGACAAUGUGUGCUAUUAAAAUAGCUCACCGCUCCCUCUAAUGGACGGUAUGAAUUCUGUCCCACUGGUAUCAUAUCAGUAAGGAUAACCCUUGGUAGAUCCUACUGGUUGGACUGAGUAGACGGACUAAAUAUUUCAUGCGUGAGAACACCCACUUUACACACGUAGAUAUUUACCCACCUGCCUGCCUCGCUGCCUGUCUCUGAGUCCGGCCUCAGUGUUAAGACUCAGAUGGUGACUAGUGACUUUGUAAAAAACAAAAACAAAAUGUUUCCAAAAAAAAAAAAAAAGAAAGAAAGAAAGAAAAAAGUUGUUGUGUUAGCAUGAGUGGCCUCCCUCAUGUGCUGUGUGUGGUGUGCCAUUGUGUGUGAAGAUGUGUGUGUGUCCUCAGGUCAUUUGUCAGGUUUCCAAAAGCACCCACCUCACCCCCGCCACAUUCCCCCCUUACACUACUCCGCUACAAUAUUAUGUAGCUCCAAAAGCCCCCCCCCUCUCACUCUAUCUUUCCCUCCUGUCUGAUAAGAGGCCUGUGUUAUGAGGACAGUUGGUAUUAGUAUUUUGCACUCUGCUCGCUGAUCUUAAUGCACUUGCAAGCAUGGCAGUCGCACUCCAGUCCCACGCAGGCUUUGAUUUUGCUCCAGGUUUACAGCCUGUUUCCCAUCAUCCACUCCCAGUGUAUCUGCGAAAGCUCGCUGAAAGCACAGGUGGCACACACACACACACGCACACACACACACACACACACACACACACACACACACUUGUCUAAAGGUCCCCUCAUUUUCUGCUAUCCAGUCCCUGCCUGGGCCAACUUCUCCUGGGUGGCAGCUAAAAUCAAAGCAUUCAUCCAUCCUUGACUGUGGGAAGUAAAAUGUGGAGCAGGAUACAGGAUGGAGUGAUCUGGGCUGGAGUGCGAGCGCCACGCUGGUGUGGGGAGUGAUUGUGUCCUGUCAGCAUCUGGUUAGUGUUCUGUUCUAAUCUGCUGGGCUCCCUUUGUGAACCUGUGGACGGUGCUUCUGUUCCGAGUGCCAUGUGAGAAACAAACGCUUUCAGUAAGGAAAAAAAAGAAAAAAAAACAACUUACUAUGUUAUUUUAAUUUUCCUUUAUAUUUUUGUUGGUUUGUUUUGUUAUCCAAGGGUUUAAAGUUCAAAGCUCAUACACUUUAUGUGGGGACCUGCCAACCUGCACUCCUUAUAAAUGUGAUAAAGUCUUUCUGUUGGUCCAAACCAUGUGUGCCAAAUUGUAUGUAUAUUCCUCUGUCAAUGCUUUGAAUAUUAACAGUGCAUAAAAAGUGUGAAGAAAGUUCUGUUUUUGGAUGCGUUUCCGUCAACCUUGAAGAAAAAAAAAGUGAAAAUACAAACGAGUUGCUACAGUGUGUCAGGUUUGUAUCUCAAAUCCUCAUGGGUGCUGCAGUUUACAAAAGGUUUAAGACAAUUUUGGAUUGGUUGUAGUCUUGCUCAAGCGUAGGCCUGCACUGUGCCUCCCUCCUCUCCUUGCACACAUCUUACCUCAAUCCGAGGCCCCUUCUUUGUAUUUAUAUCCUUUUCACUGUGUUUUAGCAGCUCUCACAUUGCGUCAACUCCAACGGGUUGACUCCUCCUCUGUGUGUUUACAACUAAAAUAUCAGUAUCACAGUGAAAAGGAACUGGAUAAGGUGCAUUUAAGACU